AUGAUCUACAACACCCUCGCCUUGGCUUUGGCCUUGUCUGGCAUGGUCUCUGCCGCCGCUAUCCAGCCCCAAGCUCGAGGAUUAGAGACCGAAGCAACCAAUGUCAACGCAAACGAACCUUGCUGGAAGACCUACUACAACUGCCUCAGAAAAGGAAUCCCGGAAGUAGCAUGCAACUGCGACCUCAACGCCUGCAUGGGAGAGGACAAUGCCCGAGCGCGUGAAUACUGCGCCUCUGCUACCGCCUCCCUCAGCCUUCCCAGUCAGCCCACACCCACCCCUGCCCCUACUCCCCCAGCCGACGAGGACUGCGUCGACGAACAUUCUCCAGCUCCAGCUCCCGCUCCCGCUCCUGCUCCAACUCCCGCUCCCGCUCCCGCUCCAGCUCCUGCUCCCGCCCCUGCCCCUGGUUCCAACCCCGUUAAAGUCGAUGGCAAGACCUGGACCAUUUCCAACUUCACCCGCUACUGCUCAGAAGACAACACCGGCUGCGAAUACAACUUCGCCAUCACCGCCAACGGUAAGACUGAGCGCUGCACCGUCAGUCGCAUGUCAGUUCCCAACGGUGCCACUGAGAGCUGGGACCGCCAGCGAUGCACAUAUAACUCCGAGACUUACAUCAGCUGGGGCUUCGUCACUGAGCCUGCACCACCAUUCGCCAUUAUCACCGUCAACCAGGGCAAGGAGCUCGCGUGGUUCGGUAUCCCCGAUGUCAACGGCAAGCCUGUUGCUCCUGGUGCGCCAUUCGGAAGCGGUGACUUUGGUACCCUGCCUUCCAGCCCGGUUUACACUUACAACUAA